AAAAAUAUAAAAAAGAUCCAAAUCAAAUUUUCUCAUAAGGUUAAUUAUUAAACCUACCUAUCAAAUUUGAUUUGGUUCUUGACCAAAAUUGUGAAAAGAAUUAACUUCAUGAAUCAAGGUAUCACUGUAUGUCAAAACAGCUCAGGUGCUAAUCUGAAAGAGUACCCAAUGUCCAAAAGUAGGACAGUUUAAAACUGAAUUAUAAUCUAAAGACUAAAAUAGAUAUCCAUGAGUCUAUAAAGAUAUAAAUAAAUGAAUAAACUAAUAGGGAAGGGAUGAGUCUUACAGAGGAAUUUCCAGUAGUGUAGAAGACUGAGGAAAAUAGAAAAUCACAUUAGGAUAUCACAAUAAUAAUUGCUGCAGGCAAGAUAUCCAUGAAUGGACACUAAAAUUAGUCUAUGACAAAGUAAAGUGAAAUAGCAUAUUUUUAUAUUCUCAAAAUAUCUCCAAGAUACUUAAUUACAAAAGGGAACUAUAAUAACCUAACAGCAGAGAAAACUAUCAAGAUACUACCUGAACAAAGUUGCAGAUGGUGAGAGCAGGGCAGCCCUUCCUGUGUCUCUGGCCCCUUUCAGUUGUUGCGAUGCCUGUUCAGAUGCUUUGGACUUUCUUACUAAGAACUAGUAAGACUUUCCUAAAAUAUGACCAUGUUCUUAUUUAUUUGUCUUUUUGAGACAGGGUCUCUAUGCAGUUUAGGCUGGCCUUGAACUCACUUUGUAGCCCAGGCUGGUCUCAAACUUGCAAUGAUUCUCCUGCCUCAGCCUCCCGAGUGCUGGGAUUACAGGCGUGAGCCACCACGCCCGCCUAUGACCAAGUUUUUUAAAUUGAGGUCAUGAGGGUAAAAAGUAGAAGUAUGCACAAUAUGAUAUUAAAUUGUAGCAACUUUUAUGAAAUUGUAGCAACUUAUGAUGCUUCUUAAUCCCCAUUAGAGGGCUGAAACUGUACCUAAACAACCUAUUUAGGACUCAGUGCUUUUUGAUGCCUUAGAAAUAGGAAAAGUAAUUUUUGUUUGACUAAGGGUAGAAAGAAAAAGUCCAUUUUAUAGCUAAUUAUAUCUGACCCGCAGGAAAAAGUAUUAAUUUGUUCUUGUUCCUGGCUUUCAGUUUGUGAGAUUAUUUUAUUUAUUUCAAUAAAUUCUAAAAUUAAAAUUUUUGGAACAAAAAAAAGAUACUACCUGAACCAAGUGAUAACUUUAACAUUGCCAGUAUCUUACAUCCCAGAUAUAUGGAAUAAAAACAAGAGUUUUUGUAAUAUUCUUACAAAAAAUGUAUAAUCUCAACCUAAUUAUGAGAAAACAUUGGACAAACCCCAACUGGAAGAACAUUUUACAAAAUAAUAACAUAAUUUCAAGUCAUGAAACAUAAGGAAAUACUGAGAAACUCAGAUUAGAGAUUACCAUAGAGACAUAUGACUAUUACAAUAUGAGAUCCUGGGUUGAAUUCUAGAACAGAAGGACUGUAAGGGGGAGACUAGUGAAAUUUGAAUAAAAUCUAUACAUAAUAAUAGUAUAACAGUUACUUAUCUUGUUUAGGUCAUCGGACUCUGAUUAUGUAAAAGGUUAACAUUAGGUGAAACUCAGGAAUAUAUAGGAACCUUGUGGUAUGUAUUCCGGAAGGACCUCAUCAGUGCCAUGAAAAUUCCAGAUUCUCACCACAUUAAUCCUGAUACCUAUUACCUCUUUUCGGACACAUGGAAAGAAGAAUGGGAAAAGGGAGUCCAAGUACCAGCCAGUCUAGACACUGUUCCACAGCCUUCUCUCAGGAUUAUAGCUGAAAAGGAAAAGGAAGUUCUCUUUGUCCGACCCCGGAAAUACAUCCGUUGCUCCAGCCCAGAGACCACAGAGCCUGGCUACAUCAACAUCCUGGAACUGGCAGCAUCCACAUGCCGCUAUGACCUAGAUGACAUGGACAUCUUCUGGCUUGAAGAAUUUAAUGAGGACCUCACAGAAAUGGGUUAUGGGCCAGUUGAUGAGACCCUUAUGGAAAAAACAAUAGAAGUCCUGGAACGUCAUUGCCAUGAAAAUAUGAACCAUGCUAUUGAGACAGAAGAAGGGCUAGGCAUAGAAUAUGAUGAAGAUGUGAUCUGUGAUGUGUGCCAGUCUCCAGACAGUGAAGAAGGGAAUGAUAUGGUAUUCUGUGAUAAGUGUAACAUCUGUGUGCAUCAGGCCUGCUAUGGCAUUCUAAAGGUCCCAGAAGGCAGCUGGCUGUGUCGCUCCUGUGUGUUGAGCAUUCAGCCACAGUGUGUUUUAUGUCCAAAGAAAGGCGGAGCCAUGAAGACCAACAGGACAGGGACUAAAUGGGUUCAUGUCAGCUGUGCACUGUGGAUUCCAGAGGUCAGCAUUGCUUGUCCUGAGAGGAUGGAGCCAGUUACAAAGCUGUCACACAUCCCACCUAGCCGUUGGGCCUUAGUUUGCAGCCUAUGCAAGUUGAAGACCGGGGCUUGUAUUCAGUGCUCCGUGAAAAGCUGCAUCAUUGCCUUUCAUGUCACUUGUGCCUUUGAGCACAACCUGGAGAUGAAGACCAUCCUAGAUGAGGAGGAUGAAGUAAAGUUCAAGUCUUACUGCCUCAAGCAUAGCCAAAACAGGCAGAAACCAGGAGAUACUGAGCACCCCCACCACAGAGCUGCUGAGCAGAACCAGGCCAAAAGUGAGAAAACCAGCCUGCGGGUACAGAAGCUCAGGGAGCUGGAGGAAGAGUUCUAUACCUUGGUCCGAGUGGAAGAUGUGGCAGCAGAGCUGGGAAUGUCCACACUAGUUGUGGACUUUAUCUAUAACUACUGGAAACUGAAACGCAAAAGCAACUUCAACAAGCCAUUAUUUCCUCCAAAGAAGGAUGAAGAAAAUGCCCUUGUACAACCAAAAGAGGAAAGCAUUCACACUCGCAUGCAAAUGUUUAUGCACCUGCGACAGGACCUGGAAAGGGUCCGAAAUCUGUGCUACAUGAUAAGCAGGCGAGAGAAGCUGAAACUAUCACACAGCAAAAUACAGGAACAGAUCUUCAAUUUGCAGGUCCAGCUUCUUAACCAAGAAAUUGCCGCAGGACAACCUUUGACAAAUGCACUAGAAAGCUCAUUGUUUUACCCACCACCAAGAAUUACCUUAAAGUUAAAAAUGCCCAGAUCAACCCUGGAAGACUACAGAAACAGCUCCACAGAGGCUGACCACCGACCCUACUCUCCUGACAGCAGCUCCCCUGGUCCUAAUAAAAGGAACAUGCAGGUGCCUCCGGAGCCUCUAGAAAUGAAAGUGAAAUCAUAUCCAAGACAUCCACUAGAAAGCAAGAGUAACUGUUUGCCGGCCAGUCUCAGCCAUUCUCGGAGUGAAGCAAAGGAUUCCAGUCCUACUUGGAGAGCUCCAUCUUCGGAGUUCUAUCAUGGACAGUCACUAGGGAAGCCUCUAGCAUUUCAAGCUGCCCUCCAUGGACAGUCUUCCAUUGGGAAUGGGAAAAAUCCGCCUAAUCCCAAGUUUCCCAAAUCCAAUGGCCUAGAGAGCAACUGGUCUGGGAAUGUCACCCAAAAAGAAAGCUCAAGUGAGAUGUUCUGUGACCAGGAGUCCAUGCUCAGUUCUCACUUGGCCAGUCAGGGUACUUUUAGAAAAUCCCCCAUGGAACACUUCAGCAGGUCCUUUAAAGAGGCCACCAACAGAUGGGUGAGGACCUCUGAGGACCUUCAAUGCUCGAAACCAACUAAGAAUAUGAGCCCUAAAGAACAGUUCUGGGGUAGGCAGAUGCUUAGGCGGUCUGCAGGUAAAGCUUCAUAUCAGGAAAACGAUGGUUAUUGCCCAGAUUUGGAGUUAAGUGAUUCAGAAGCUGAAAGUGAUGGGAAUAAAGAAAAGUCCAGAGUAAGGAAAGACAGUUCAGAUAGGGAAAAUCCUUCCCAUGAUUCUAGAAGGGAUUGUCGUGGUAAAAGCAAGACACAUCCUCUCUCCCAUAGUUCAAUGCAAAGGUGAUUAGCAACUCCCAAGGACAACCCAACCUUUGCCUUUGUCCCAUCUAUUGGGGAAAAUCCAUAUAUCAAAAGCAUUCUAGUAUAUAUGGGGAGAAAUUUCAAGGAAAAGAAUGAAAUUUUCCCUAAUAAAUUGGCUUACAGUUUUUGAAAAGAUUUCAAGUCUAGUUUUUACAAGCACAUUAGAAUUACAAAUUGUCCAGAGGCUGGUUUGUCAAGAGACUAUUGGGAACCACUGGACCCAGAGUAUUUACUCAGCUUUCUAGUCACAGUAACACAUUAAUGAGUCUGUGUAUUGAGAAUCUCUGCAUUCAUUGUUAAUGGAUUUGCAAGAGACUAUGAUUGCCAUACACUAAAACUACUUAUCUUUUACAGCUACAGCAUGUGGCUCCCAGAGGUCCUGUCUGUAGAAAGUUUCUUACACCAUGAUGUCUUUAAGGGACAGACCAGGAGACAAGCAUUCUCAGAUACUGUAAAACUCACUACCCUCUUCCUUUGCUCUGCAGAAGGUUGAGUUCUUUUCACAGUAUCGUAACUUAAUGAGUCAAUUCUCCUAUUGCUUACAAGUGUCGAGUGCCUGUUCCUAGACCUGUUUGUUGGGGACACAGUCAUAACUCACCCAACUAACAAGCAUAAAAAGCUAACUUGCGGAUAGUGUUUACAAAAGUACUACUUCCAAGGAAAAUGCUUUGAUUCUCUCUGUUUAGACAUUUGUAAGAAUCCCAGAGCCUUUUCCAAAGUGAGACCAUUGCUGGGAUAUUUGUACUAGGUCAGGGUUUUGUGUUGUUUUCAAAUAAGUUUGACUAAAAUAAGUUUGGCUGACAAUUUUUGUAUACCUGCUUUAAUGUUUAUAAAAUUUUUAUUGAGGUAUAAUUAAAAUAUAAUGAAAUGCACAGAGGUUAAGUAUUCUUACCUGCUUUAAUUUUGAAACAGAUUUUUAUUGUCAAGCAAAAUUUGAAAGCAUGUGUUUAGCACAUGGAUAUAAUUUAGCUUUGUAUCAAUAUUGAAUCUGAGGCUGUUUCCCAAACAAAACAACUGGAGCCAUUUUUCAGAAGUUGUUUAUAUGCUGUUCCCAAACGAUCAGCCUUGAUUCAUUUCUGGAGGAAGAGAAUAAUUACAUUUCAGGGGGAGGGAAUAAAACAUGUCUGCUUCCCAUUUAGGAAAGGGGGAAAAGCUGCAGUUUUUAAAAUGUGAAGCAGACUAUAUAAUUCUCAGCUCUCUUCUUCCUAGCCUUAAAUUAAUAUUCUCUUUCUUCUAGUUUGGGAAAGUGUAGUGGAAAUUUUGAUACAAAAAAAUACCAUUUCCAAUUUGUGAAGUUUCUUACUGGAGAAACAGUCCAGUUGUAGAGUGCUGGUCAGUGGAGGCUGAGGCCCUCUGUACGUUCAUAGAGAAGAAAGACUCAGCAGUUUUCUUCUCCCAUGCUUUUGUUCUUAUAGCCUUGUUAACGAGUUCUUUGGGUUUUGUUUCUCAUUUUCUGAAAACUUAUGUAUUUUGCCUCUCCAUUGGCUCUAUCUUCAAAACGUUUCUUUCUUUUGUGCCUAUAUACAUGUGAACCUGACAUAACAUUAUGUGCUAGGUAUCCUGUGUUUUAUUUGAAUGAAAAAAUGAAGAAGAGAAUGUCCUGAAUUCAUGUACUAGACUUCUUUAAUUUCUCUUUGUGUUUAAUUUGACACUCAUGGUAAUGAGUGAUAAUAGAGCUGUGUUGUAAACUCAUGUUAUAGGCCAAUGCAGUAGCCUGUGUCCUUUCAUGCCUUUCAAAUCUGAAUGAGUGAGAGCAAAGGAAAAUAUCAAAACAGUACUUCAGCCAAAUUCCAUAUGUAAUGCCAUUGGGGAAAGAAUGGACUAAAAUAUCAUCCCAGUCAGGGAACUAUAAUGGUAAUGUUUUACAGGAUUUUCCUAGUUAAAUGAGAGAGUUAUACUUUCCAUUGCCCCAAAAAUGCAUUUGUUACAUUUUGUUGUAUUACCUCUUAACUUUGUUUCUUAAUAUUUUUCAUUUUGUCUUAUAUAGUCCAAUUUUCCAAGAUAAACACAAUCUUUUUCAAAUGUCAUCUUUUUACCAAUACUUUUUCAUUAAAUUAUGAAAACUGCUAACUAC